GCCGCAAUACACACUACUGUUCCUCCGAUUAACGGACCGGCCGGCGACGUGCAUAGCAGGUACGCAGCAGCUCUAGCUAGCAAUGGCGCCUCCCCGCCGGCCGAGCAUGGGGCGGCAGAAGAUCGAGAUCCGGCGCAUAGAGAGCGACGAGGCGCGGCAGGUGUGCUUCUCGAAGCGCCGCGCGGGGCUGUUCAAGAAGGCCAGCGAGCUGUCCAUCCUCUGCGGCGCCGACGUGGCCGCCGUCGUCUUCUCCCCCGCCGGCAAGGCCUUCUCCUUCGGCCACCCGUCCGUGGAGUCCGUCGUCGAGCGCUUCCUCGCCUCGUCGUCCCCCUCGCCUGCCGGUGCCGGUGCCGGCCACUCCGCCAGCGGCGGCGAGGACCGCGCGGUCUCGGAGCUGAACCGCCAGCACGGCGAGCUGCGCGCGCAGCUGGACGCCGUGAAGGCGAGGCAGGAGCGCGCGGACGAGGCGAUCCGGAAGGAGCGCGAGGCGGGGAGCCCGGCGAUGGCGUGGAUCGACGCGGAACUGAGCGGGGGCGCGAUGGGGCACGACGACCUGGUCGCGUUCUGGGCCGCGCUUGCGGGCGUGCAGGCCGCCGUGGCGGCCAGCGCCGACCGGCUGCUGCGCGACGCGCUGCUCGUCGGGCGCAGGGGCCGGCAGCAGCAGCAGCCGGCCCAGCUUGCCGGGGGUGGUGGCGUGGCCUUUGACGUCGGCGCGUUUGGCGGCGUUGGCGUGCAGGUGCAGCCGCCUCCGGGAUUCGCCGGCGUCGUCGACCUGCAGGGGUUCGGGGGGCAGGCUGCGGCCAUCCUCGGCGCCGGCGGUCCCUCAUGAGUGAUCGAAUGCGUGUGUGCAUACUUCACUCAAGUUGUUUGGAGAUAACGUCGCAAAUAAAUUUGCGACAAAUGUUUUGGUUAAUUUGUUCGUAUGCAUUGUUCGUUCUCACCUUGCUCU